ACCCCCAGCACGAGUCACGGGUGAACCGCCCGCGUGGCGCCUUGGCCAUGGGUGCCGGAAGCAGCAAGACCUGCGAGGGUGCGGACUCGCAGUCGGAGGACAGUCGGAGCGAGUCCGAAGAGUCUAGCGAAGAGUCGGAGAAUUCCAGUCUGGCAGUGGAAAAUGGCGAUGCUCGAGAUGGCUUCGUGACGAGGCUAAAAGCUUGCUGUUGCUCCAGUUGCGGCUGUUCCCCACGACCCAGCAAUCCGGGAAGGAGGAUGCUACAGCCGAAGGUGCUUUCGCCUGACAUGCAGGGCAAGGACGUCCACGACUUCUAUGACUUUAAUGAAGGGGAUAUCCUCGGACAAGGCGGCUUCGCAACGGUCUGUCGAGCGAUUGGGAAGCAGACGAAGCAACCCAGGGCCAUCAAGAUCAUUCUGAAGGAUAAGGUGCCCAACAAAGAAAGGCUGCAACGGGAGAUCCAGACCCUCUUUGCCCUGGACCAUCCGAACAUCAUCAAAGUCUUCACCAGCUUCGAAGACGCCUAUCAGCUCUAUCUGGUCAUGGAGUGCUGCGAAGGGGGAGAGCUCUUCGAUGCAAUCAUCGAACAGUUGAAAAUGUCGGAGUCAGAUGCCGCAAUCAUCAUGCAACAGAUCUUUCGGGCGUUGGUCUAUCUGCACGAGAACGGGGUGUGCCAUCGAGAUUUGAAACCGGAGAAUUUCUUGCUGAUGAAGAAAGGACCGAUCCGAGACAACACCCUGAAGAUCAUUGACUUUGGCAUCUCCGCGCACUUUGAGCCGGGACAUCAUCAUCACGUAACGACCUUUACGUCGAAAGUGGGCACGCCCUACUACGUGGCUCCCGAGGUUGUGACACGCUUUCCGAGGUAUACGGAAAAAGUGGAUUGCUGGAGUGCUGGUGUCAUCAUGUACAUUCUGCUCUCGGGCAUGUUUCCCUUCAAGGAAGAAAGGACCAAGGAUACACUCCAAAAGGUGCUCAGUGGGAAGUACGGCUUUCCUCCAGAGAUUUUUCAGAAAGUCUCGAAAGGCGCUAAGGACCUCAUUCGAAAGCUCCUGCAAAAGAAUGUGGAUCAAAGGCUUUCGGCCAAGGAGGCCUUGAAAGACCCGUGGAUUACCAGCUGCGCGCAGCUCUCUACUAUCCCACUGUCCUCGGCAGUGCUAAACAACCUGAGGAAAUACAGUGCUGAGAAUCGCUUGAAGAAAGUGGCCCUGGCCAUCCUGGCGCGACAGCAGCACGACGAAGUCUUCACGCAGUUGAAGAAACAGUUCGACGAACUGGACGAGAAUGGAGAUGGCAUCAUCACUUUUGCCGAGCUGAAACAGGGCAUGAAGAAAGCGGGCCUGGCGGGUGGCUUGAGCAACAAGGAGCUCCAUACCCUUGCGACGUCGCUGGAUGCGGAUGGCUCGGGCGAGAUUGAUUACACGGAAUUCCUGGCAGCGGCCAUGGAAAGAAAGUCGCUGGUGCAGGAGAGUGCGGUGUGGGCGGCCUUCCGCGUCUUCGACAAGAACGAUGAUGGCCGAAUUUCCAAGAAAGAGUUGGAAGAAGUGCUCUCGUCCCAGGAGGUGCACAGUACGCUCUCCAAGGAUCAAAUCGAGCGCAUUGUGAAGGAAGUGGACACGAACGGAGAUGGCUUCAUCGAUUUCAAUGAGUUUAUGACCAUGAUCCGAACGUGAGGUUUCGACACUUUUGCAACGGUAAUUCCAGGCAUCGUCCACUCGCCGUGCACGAGGGGCGGCAACUGUCCAACUCGUUUGUUGCGGAACUCGCGCUGUGCACUUGGCUCAUGAGCGGAAUGAUACCCAUAUAAUUUCGGAGGAAUCAG